GAAAAAUAGCCGGAUCUAUUUUAGCUUAGGUUACUCUUCUUUGCUCAUACUUUGAACUUUGUUGUCAUUUUUAAUAAUUUUGCUAACAUAAAUUAUUAAAUUCGAGAUGUUGUAUCGUUCUGGUAAUUACAUUAAAUAACGCGCUACAUUGAAAAUAUCAGAACUUUCUUCCAUUUUUCAGUUCGUUUCCACAGAUGAUAUUAAUGGUACUUUAAAGAAUUUAAAGAAACCUCAGAUACCCGUAUUACUGCGUUAUUCACUGUUGUCAGUGAAGAUCCCUUUUUACACAUAUACACACUAACGUUGCUGUGGAUUACUCAUCUAUCCCAGAGUGACCCAGUCCUGGUAUACUUAAAUUCUGGCCCUGGGAGCUUCCGGAUCCGUUGAAAACAAAAUUAGUUUACUCUGCUCUCCAGAGUGACUUACUUUUUGACCAACUUUUUGAAAGAAAGAAAAUGCAGCAGCGAGAAGAGAAGCAGCUGGAGGCCUCGAUAGACGCUCUCAUCAACCGAGUUGCACACCUAAAAAACUCGCUGCACAGUUUUAUUUUUAAACUGGAGAACGAGUACGACAGACUGACAUGGCCCUCUGUGCUUGAUAACUUUGCCCUGUUAUCAGGUCAGCUUAGCACCAUCAAUAAGCUCAUGAGAAAUGAGAAGACUCCUGCCUUCCGGAACCAGGUCAUCAUCCCUUUGCUGCUGUCUCCAGACAGAGAUGAAGAGCUAGCAAAACUGACAGAGCAGCGUGUUCCUGUAUUCAGUCAUGAGAUUGUCCCAGAUCACCUGCGCACAAAGCCUGACCCCGAGGUGGAGGAGCAGGAGAAGCAGCUGAGCGCCGAAGCAGCUCGUAUCGGACCGGAUGUGGCACAGAAACAGAUCCAGACUCUUAAUAAAAUCUGUUCAAACCUUUUGGAAAAACUGAAUAAUCCUCGCGAGGACCGUGAAGCUGAAAGCUCAGCUAUGCGCCAGAACAAGCCAACUUUUAAUCCUGCGGAUACAAAUGCGCUGGUGGCAGCGGUAGUGUGUGGCAAGGGGUUGUCAAAUCACAGGCCCCAAGGACCAGGAGUGCAAGUUCCACCUGGAGGAGGCCCCAUGCUGUCUGGAGGCCCAAGUCUGCAGCAGGUCACCAUGCAAAGGUCUACCAAUCAGCAAGCAGCCAUGGGUGGGCAGGCCCCCCCUCAACAGCCAGGGAAAAUGCCCAGCAGCAUAAAGACAAACAUCAAGUCAGCUUCGAUGCAUCCUUAUCAGCGCUGAGUCCUCUCUGUGCAUCAGCUGAGACGCUGUGCCUGCCGAAAGAGAAAGGAAAAGCACCUUGCGUAACUAUCUACAGAGCGCAGUUCUUUUAUUAGUAUAACCUUCUGUAGAAGGCAGUAAUCAGGUUAGUUCGGUCCCACAGUCCAGCUGUCACAAAACAUUUUAAACCAGAUUAUGAACUGCACACUAAGUACAUUUUGCGUGAUUAAAAUUUUCUGCUCCUGCAAAUGCCCUCGUUUAUUUAGGAACUGCUAAUACAAGGAUGGUAAACUGUGUUAUAGAUGUAACGAAAGGCCACAGCCAAGUAAUUGAUUGAUAGUUCUGGUGAAUGUUGUUUAAUUUUGCAUACUAUCACAACAUACCUCUCAACACGCAAGCUUAUGAAAUCUAUCGGUAUUUAUCCUAGAUUAUAAUUUUCUAAUCCUGCUUUUGUUUUUAUCAGGGUUUAAAACAUAAAACGAAAUGCAAAAGGUGCAAAAAGCUGGAAGGUUGCCCUCCUGUGGUGGAAAUAUAGUAAUAUACUUUUAGACCCUGAUAUAAGCAGUUGUUCCCCUCCUGUGGUCAAACCUGAUAUUGCAUCACCUCAUUUUAACAAUAGCAAUGAUUAGGGUUUAGGUUUCACAAUAUAUUUAGUUGGCCAAGCUUUUUGUCAUUUUGAGUAACAGUAUCACUUUUUAUUCAACUGAUUUCUCAGACUAGCUGCAUUUGCUGGAAGGAUCUGUCAAACCAGCCUUUUCUCCAUGUAUUUUCUCGGACAAUAAGUCCAGUUCCCCAGCAUACUUCAACAGCAGCAGUAAUUAAACAGGGUUUUAUGACAGCUGGAACGCCAGAUGUCAUUGAAGAUAUUGGAUGCACAAAUUGCCAUCAUGCCACCUUUGAAGUAUGAUGUUGUUUAACAUACCAGUUAUUGAAAGUAGUUUCAUUGCAUUUAUAUGCAGGCUUUGUCACUGUGAUGCAUGUUGCAGAUUCAAUCAGAUAUUGAAUAAGUUCCCUGCUGUGGUUCCUAUUAUAUAGAACAGUUGGUGUCACCAUGUUUAACCUUGUCUCUAUGUCAUUUGGAAAAUAAGGGUAGGAUUUUCACCAUAGUUAUAGGAAUAUUUAUUUACAGUUCAUUUGGAUUUAUAAAGAAAACCAGGCUUAGGUUAAAACGAAAAAAAAAAAAAAUGAAAGCAACUACAGUUGUGACUUUUAAAAUCUGUUUAACACAUUCACUGCUAGGGAAUAACAUAUUCGCAGAAUUGUUUGACUUCCCAGAACCUUCUGGUACAACUAUUUUCUAGCAAUGUGUAAAAUAUAGGCACUUUUUGGCAAUGUGGAAAAUGACCAGUUAUUUGUCUAAAUUUUCAUUUUGUUUGCAUUAUUGCAAAGUCUCCCAACACAUGUGUUCUUUUUAAUAAAAAAAAAAAAACUAAUACAAAAAACAUGAAUUCCGAGUGGCUAUUUGCUCUGCCUAUUAAAAUCGAGUAAUGUUCUGAAUAAAAAUAAACAGCAAUAAAAUAUACCUUGUCUUUUGAUUGAGGCAUGUGGUGCAGUCAGUCAUCAGGCAGGAAUUCCAGCUGGCUUGGAUAUCUGUGGUUGUCACUAAUU